AGAAAGUUCAAGGGCCUACUCAUUUAAUUCGACGUGUGUGUGUUUCGCGACAACUUUAAUAUUUGUAACUUUUCUUAUGAGUGGCAUACGGAUUGGAGGAGGAGAAGCAACUGCUUGUUACUUCUUUACGUCGUGUCAGGAACUCGGUGCUUCUACGUAGUUAAGCAAGAUGAUAAACAUUUAUAAUUGUAUUUCAUGGUUCCCAAUUCUGCUAGUAACCAUUGGUCUUGGGCAAGAUAAAGGAGUUGAUGCCACGAAGAAGGAUGCAUCUCGACACAUGGAGAAUGGUAAUGCCCUCCUUGCGGCCGGCCAGCUUGCUGAAGCCUUGAAUCAUUACAAUUCCGCUAUUGAGAAUGAUCCAGACAAUUUCAUGGCAUACUACAGAAGGGCAACUGUCUAUUUGGCUAUGGGCCGCUCAAAGUCGGCCUUGCCGGAUUUAAAGAAAAGUAGCACACUGAAUAAAAAAUUUUCUCCUGCCCUUGUUAACCAUGGUAACAUCUUAAUGAAGCAAGGAAAUCUGGAAGCUGCCAAGGAGGACUACCUGGCUGUUACAGAAAUGGAUUCAGGUAACAAAGAAGCUGGUGAGAAAUUACGACUCAUUGACCCAUUGCUGGCACAUUUAGAACAAGGCAACACACACAUGAAAGCUAGGAACUUCAACGAAGCUGUUAUUAAUUACAGUGCUGUAAUAGAGCAUUGUGUGUGGUUUCCAGAUGUCCGAGUGAAACGUGCAGAAUGCUAUUUACAAGUUGGGGAAGUUUAUAAAGCAAUCGAUGACUAUAAGGUCCUGGUGAAGCUAACCAACGACAACACACAAGGGUUCUACAAGAUGAGUGGUCUACAUUAUCAGAUCGGAGAGUUAGACAAAGCAUUAACGGAUAUACGAAAUUGCUUGAAGUUGGAUCCAGAACAUAAAGAAUGUUUUCCAUUUUACAAAAAAAUGAAAAAAUUAAAUAAACAGUUCACAUCAGCAAGAGAUUAUGAAAAUGAAGAAAAUUAUGAAGAUGCUAUUGGUAAAUAUGAGGCAGCAAAGAAAACAGAGCCAAGUAACUGGUCGUACUUAUCUAGAGCUGACCGAGGGAUUUGUCAUUGCCUAGUUAAAGGACAGGAAACAUCAAAAGCAAUUAAGACAUGCACAGAUGCGCUAGCUAAUGAUGAAGAAAACAUUGACCUGUUGCUAGAUAGAGGAGAAGCAUAUAUACAAAAUGAAGAUUUUGAUAAAGCAAUUGAUGAUUUUACAAAAGCAAAUAGUAUAGAAGGAAGUCAACGAACAGAAGAAGCUUUAAAACGAGGCAAUAAAUUACUGAAACAGUCAAAAAAACGUGAUUAUUAUAAAAUAUUAGGAGUUAAAAGAAAUGCAAAGAAAAAGGAAAUAGUACAAGCAUAUCGUAAACUUGCAAUGCAAUGGCAUCCAGAUAAGUUUGAAGAUCCAGAGGAAAAGAAAAAGGCAGAGAACAAAUUUAUAGACAUAGCAGCUGCAAAGGAGGUGUUAACCACCCCAGAAAUGCGUGAGAAGUUCGAUAGAGGGGAAGAUCCCCUGGAUGCAGAAGAACAGCAACAGCAGAAUCGACACUGGGGUAAUCCAUUUGGUUUCAAUCCAUUUGGAGGAGGAGGAGGAAAUUCAUUUAGGUUUCAUUUUAAUUAAAUAUUCAAAACUUAAUUUAUUUCCCAAAUAUUUCAGUUAUAAAAUACCUCCCAAUUGGUCACAUACUUUUUAUCUUUAUCCCACCACUCAACAUUCCCUCAAUUUUUGUAUGCACAUUGGGCACAGGGUUGUCCCUUUGUUUUUUAAGUGGGUGUGAACUUUGAAAACUUGCCUUCAACUUUGAAAACUAGAAUUGAGUGAAUUGUUUAAGGUUUAGCUGGGUGCAUUGAAGGCAUUAGUAUUAAACCAUCAACCAAUCAGAAAUAAUGAAUUCACUAUCAGUGAAUAAAGAAUUGUGAUUUGUAGUACCAUCACCAUUACAUUAGUUUAGCCUGGUUUCCAUGAAAUUGUUACAAGCAAUUUCUGACUCCUUCAGCGACGCUGAUUGGUUGGUCGUAUCGGAAAACCUACGAUUGCAUCAGGGACAGGUUCACCGUGCAAACAAUCGCAGUGUUAACGUUAACACACUUUUGAUAGUUUAUUUUAUAGAAACCAGGCUUACAAUAUGCUGUAAUACUAAUGUUUAUCAAGAUAGGCCUAUUUAAUAAAGAAAUUGACACACACUUUGUAAGCACCCUAAACAUUCUACCUCAAUGAGGUUAAAAAACACAAGUAAAAAUUAUAUGUAUGUAAUCUACAUUAGUAUUUAUUUUGCAUAUAUUCUAGUAUUUCAGAUGGCAAUGUAUGUAUACAUAUAUAUUUUUCUCUAUUUCAAUCUCAUUUGCUUUGUAUAUGUUUUGAUAUUGACAUGGUCUGAAAUAAAGAGAAAUUGAAUUCUUUCAAUGCAAACUACAUGUAUACUGACCAAAAUCCAACAAUUUCUCCUUUCACUCCUUCACUACCAUCCCUCACUAACUCUUUCACCAUUCAGUUUGCCCUAUUGUAUCAUGUUUUAAUUUGUUUAGACCGGAUCUAUCUUUUAACCUUGAUAUCAUUUAAAGAUUGAUUCUGAUACCAUUUAAAACAUUCCUACGUAUUUUGUUAUUCUUAUAACUAUUAUAAUUUUUCUUUUGGUAUUAUUUAUUAUGGUUAUUAAUAUUCUUAUUAUUUUAUCUUUAUAAAAUCUGUAAUAGUAACACUAUCUACAUACUACUUAUUAAAAUGAUAAGUAAAGUAUAUUGCUUCUCAAUUUUUUUGUGAACAAUAUCGGUUAAAUGCAAUGAUCCAGCAAAAUUGGGGGAAAAAAGGUGUAAGUCUACUUAAGUGUUAUGAAUUAGGGAGAGGAGAAUUAUUUGUGGGGUAGUAGGACAGUGUAAAAAUUGUUUUUGGGUCCCAAUAUUUUUAUACAUGAGAAGUAAAAAAAGCAAAGGAAACCGUGUCUAAUAAUGUGAUGUUAUAGAAUUUUAAAUUAUAAAAAUCAUAAUACAGUUUAAUAAAGUAAUACCCUUUUGCUGGUGUGUUUAAAGCUGUAGUUAAUUGAACUAUUUUUAUUAUUUUCUUUUCAUAGUUUACAGUAUCAAUAUAUUACCAUGUAUCUCCAAGGUCUAUGCGUAUGUUCCAUGGUCGCAUCACAUGAACUAUUGUUCUGUCUUUACCAUGUAAUUUUACAUUCAAUAGGUGUAUUUAUUAUUUUUAGAUGUAUUUAGCAGACAUGUUUUAUUUCUUAAAGAUGAAAUGUAUAUUUUAUAUUCUCUGAUCUUGUGGUUGAUAAAUAUGAGGGAACUUUGUUAACGUAUGCAUUGUGGGCAUGACUACACAUUUACUGUGGGCAUGACUAUCCUUGUAUUGUAGACGUGGCUAGCCAUGCUCUUCUAUAAUGAAGUGUGUGAUCAUGUAGGAAAUGAAGACUGUUAGCCAAGUGAGCAUUUUUUUAACUUCAUAACUACAGUUAUUAUUCAAAAUAUUCGCAGUAAAGAGGUCCUGUAAUAAAUUAAAUUGUUAUUGUCCCCUAAAAAUAUCAAACCAAAUAACUCUGGUAGAUAGUUAGGACUGCUUUUCCCAGCAAACUACUACAUAUUUAAGGAAAUAUACUAUUUCUUGUUUUCUAUAAGAAAGGUAGAUACUGGUAAUGGAAUAAAGUGAUAAAUAUAUA